CCUGGUCUGCCAAAGGGCGUGUAUCCUAUCACUCCCAUGGCAUGGUCGUUCAUCACACUGAUGCCGGGAUCUGCAGAUGUGAGCUUGAAGGUUCACAUCUCUCGAGAGCAACUCCCCAUUCAACCCGUGUUUGCAGUCACUGGACAUUCAGCACAAGGCAAAACACUGCUGAAGGUAAUUGUAAGCUUACAUGAAGGGGGGUUCGGAUCCUAUGUUGCUGCUUCUCAUGCACAGUGCUGUGAUGGACUGUGA